AUGGCCUACGUCGUUGCUUCGCCAAUGCCUAUACCUAGUGGUCGAUAUUCAGCCGGUCGCAACAUCGCCAUGAUCCUUGGCUGGACCUCUUCCGCCACUGCUCCCCCUCCGUAUAUUGGCCACACCGCAAAACCUAUGACAAUCCCUCGACGCUCCCGGCACAACUUGUCUUAUACCAACGUACAUCAUUUAGAGAAGAAGGCAAGCGUAGCUCUGGCCCCCUGCUACUCUGCUCCCGUCUACCUUUCCGAGCCAAGUGGAGAUGAGGCCUCAACCUCAGCCGUUGUCAACGCUACCGGCGUCGCCACAUGA